GACGACCAAGUGUUCUUUUAAGCUGCAAAGGUCAGGCAAAGCGACCCUGUCAAUCGAGUACAAGUUCUUUCUACUAGUACUUUGACUGUAGUAGCUAGCUGGGAAUUGCUAGCCAGGAAAUGGGGAAUUGCUUGUUUGGAGGAGGUAUAGGUAUAGGCGUAGGAGAGGCGAAUGAAGUGCUCAUCAAAGUGGUAAACGGGAAUGGUGGCAUCAUGGAGUUUGGUGCUCCUAUCACGGUGGAAUUCAUCACCGAUGAGUUCCCGGGACACGGCAUUUUCCGAAGCCAUGAUCUCUUCUGGAAGCCGUUGGCUCACCACGAAGUCUUGGAAGCAGGUGAGUACUACCUGCUACCGCUGGACGACGAGGACGACAAGAAGAAGAAGAUGAAGAAAGGUAGCAUGAACAAGAGUAGAGUUGGGCAGGUUGCUCAGAUAGGGCAUGUAAGGUCAAACAGCGUUCCCCAAUCCACGCCUGCAGUGCCAUAUAGGAUGUCGUUUGAUAGCCAAGGAAUUCUGAAGAGGUCACAUACCGAGGUAUUUUCGCGGAGCAGCAGUAAUGAUCAGCUUGGUGGUUUUUGGAAAGUUAAGCUGGUGAUUAGCCCUCAACAGUUGUUGGAGAUUUUGGCACAAGAGGCUCGAACCCAAGAGUUGAUCGAGAGUGUCAGAACUGUGGCUAAAUGCAGGAAUGGGUUCUGCUCCUCUUCCAUGGGUUUUUCGGAUCAGUGGAGCCUUUCCAGCAGCGGCAGCAGCAGAAACGCCUCCUCAUCAAAGAAAGAUGCCUUAUUGUUAGACUUGUGAAGUCGUACGUACUCACUAACUGAUCCGUCCGUUAGCAAGUUUCUUCUUCCAUGACCCUGUUGUUUUGGGUUAAAUCAAAUCGCAUAUUCCCUACUUUUAAAAUUCUGUUAAUUUUAAGUUUCUUGGCCACUUCUAAAAGA